AUGGAGGAAGCAGAAUUGAACCCUGAACACUUUGUUGAAGAGCCCCUCAACAGCACAUGCGUGGAAACAGAUAACAAAGGCGUACAAACCUAUCCAGAAGAGAUUAGACAAAGGGUGUUGGCAGAAAAAGAAGCGUACUUUUCACCGGAACAUUCUUCUAGCAGAGACUUACGAACCACAACGUCCAUCCACCACCAAGCAGUCGCCAAACUUUCAACCUCAGUUAUUGAUUCCUUCGCUUUUGCUUUCCCACCGCUAGCACACAGAGAGGGUUUCAACGAAGGAUACAGGUACUCAAGUACUCAAGGAUGUGGAGGUGAACUAGGAGAAUCAGAGGAAGAGGCAGAUAUGAUCGAUAUCGACAUAAAAAGAUUAUUUUUAUUAUUUUCUUAUGCCACUGACCAAUCCUUACUUCUUACACUCAAAACUAAGGGACAUGCGUCGGCGCGCAUGUGCUUAUCUUCAACGACACCCGCAUCCCAACCGCAUCCUCAAUUGGACAAGGGAAAUGCUUGGGAAAUGCGCUUGUCGCCGAAGCUUAUAGUGUGCAAUUCUCCCGUAGGCAACUCCUAUGAUGAGGGUGAUGACAGUCGAUCUCCCUCAUAUGGAACUAUUUGCAACGUCAGUUACCACAAUCGUCAAUUCGUCUUGGCCAAACACUGA